ACCCCAACUCAUCUGUUCUCUCUCUCAUCGCCACAUAAUACGCCUCCCCAAGCUUCCACUCCCCCAAUCUCACUGACAUUCUUCUGUGUUUCCAAUUCUCUCACUAACAUUUUUUUACCAGUUUCUCAGUUCAUGAACACAGGUCUAAAAUCCGCCAUGGGCGUACUGCACCUCCUGUUCAUCACUCUCUCUCUAACCGCCAUCUCCGCCCACAACAUCACCCAAAUCCUCUCCCCGUUCCCGGAAUACUCCCAGUUCAACACCUACCUCACCCAAACAAAGCUCUCCGACGAAAUCAACAGCCGGGACACCAUAACCGUCCUCGUUCUGAACAACGCGGCCAUCUCCGUCCUCGCAACCGAACAGUCCCCACUCUCCGUCGUGAAGAAAGUCCUCAGCCUCCACGUCCUCCUCGACUACUUCGACGCCAAGAAGCUCCACCAGAUCUCCGCCGGCACCGCCCUCUCCACCACCCUAUACCAGACGACCGGCGACGCCCAUGGCCAACUAGGUUUCGUCAAUAUCACCGAUUUGAAAGGCGGUAAGGUCGGAUUCGGCUCGGCUGCGGAUUCCCCUGGCUCGGCUCUGAACUCGACUUAUGUCAAGGAGGUUAAGACAAUGCCGUACCACAUCUCGGUUCUCGAGAUCAGCGAGCUGAUUUUGGCGCCGGGGAUUCUAGCUGCGCCGUCGGCUUCGAACGUGAAUAUCUCGGCUUUGUUGGUAAAGGCUGGGUGCAAAAAGUUUGUUUCGUUGAUUGAGGAUACCGGCGUGUUGAAAAUGUACGAGACGGCAAGUAGCACGGGAUUAACGGUGUUUGCGCCGUCGGAUGGGGCGUUUAAGGCUCAGAACGCUCCCGAUCUGAGUAAGCUCAACAACGCUGAGAUGGUCUCGCUCUUACAGUAUCACGCCCUUUCUAGGUACGCGCCGAAAGGGACAUUGAAGACUACAAAAGGUCCGAUCAGCACGAUGGCGACUAACGGCGCUGGGAAGUACGAUUUGACCGUUACGACAGCUGGAGACGAGGUUACCUUAGGGACGGGGUACUCGUCGUCGCGAAUUGCUAGCACCGUGAUCGACUCGCCGCCCGUCGUUAUUUACACCGUCGACAGUUUGCUUCUUGCGCCGGAGUUGUCCGGGAGUGCGCCAUCGACGGCGCCAGUCGCCUCGCCUUCCCAGUCGCCGUCUCCGGCGGUUUCUGCGAAAGCUCCGUCGCCGGUUAUCGCGACGUCCCCCUCGUCAGUUUUCUCGCCCCCUGCCCCGCCUAUGGGAUCCCCGGAGGGAUCGCCGGUGGGAGCACCGGAUCAGCCGGAGGAUAGUAAGUCCGCCGGCGACGUGAAAGCGCCGGCAUUGUUCGAAGCAAUACUGUCAGUGUCGGUUGCGGUUAUUUUCUCUGUUUUCUUGUCCUAGAUCGUCAUUUCGCACCAGGUUUAGUUUGGUUUGAUAUUUUCUUUUUCUUUUUUUGGAUGGAGCACGUUUUUUUAUUUUUACGUUUGGUUUUACUAUUUUUUUUUCUUUUCUUUUUAACGGCAUUCGUGUUUCUAAUUAUUAUCGGAUACUGUGUAGCCAGGGUUUUAAUUAAGUUUGGGGAUUUGUUUGAUACUGAA